AUGUUGAAAAAAGAAGAAAUAUGGCAAUCGAUUAAAAUGUUUCAAAAGUAAAAUAAAAGAGAAUUAGAUUAAACAAGGGAAUCAGAAGAUUAAUCAUCAUUUAUUUCUGAUAAUGAAAAAGAAAAUUUAUUUAAAAAUAAAUAACAAUCUUGUUAAUGCAAAUAAUAAAUGUUGUCAUUAAAAAAAGAAUGCAUGCUUUAAAUAAGGGAAUUAAAAGCAUAACAUUAAAUUGAAAUGGAAAAUCUUUAAAAUUAAUUCUAAAAAUUAAUGAUUGAAUAAAAAUAAUAAUAUGAAUAAGAAAUUUCAUAACUUAAAGAAGAUCUUGAUUUUUAUAUGAGUGAAUAAAAUGAUAAAGAAAUAAUGUUAUUAAUAGAAUAGGAAUAGUAGAAGGAUAAAGAAAUAUUUUAGUAAUAAUUAGAAAUUUAAAUUACAGACAAAUUAAAAUUAGAAUAAAAAUUAAUGUAAUUGUUAUUAAUAUCUAAGUCAAUGUUAAAAAGAAUUAAAAUAGUAUAAAGAAUAAGCAUAGUAUUUUUAGACAAAUUAAUAUACUCAGCCAAAUUAAUAAUAAUUAUAGUAAAGUAUACAUAAGAAUUGUGCUCCCCAAUUAUUUAGAGAUACUAAUAGGAAGGUGAAAUUAUAAACUGAAGGGAUAGAUAGAUCGAUUGUAAACGAUGAUAAUAGCAAUAGGGUUGGAAUAUGUAAUUCAAUUAAGAACUUUAAUGCAACUAUUAAGCAUAUGGAAAAAUCUCAACAAUCUUAAUAUUGA